AUGCUUCUAAGAAAUCUUAGCCCACCAAAAUUGUGCAAUGGGACUCGUCUACGUAUUACUGAUCUUCAAAAAAAUCUGAUAGAAGCUCAAAUUAUGACUGGAUUUGCAAAAGGUGAAUCAGUUUUUAUUCCUCGCAUACCAAUUAUACCAUCAGAUUAUCCAUUCCAAUUUAAGAGAAUGCAGUUUCCUGUCAAAGUAUGUUUUGCUAUGACAAUAAAUAAAUCACAAGGACAAACCUUGAAAAUUGCAGGGAUCGAUGUAAGAGAAGAUUGUUUUUCACAUGGGCAAUUUUAUGUGGCAUGCUCCAUAGUCAGUAUGCCCACAAAUUUAGUUAUUUUGGCACCAACAGGAAAAACAUCAACUGUAGUUUAUAGAGAAAUUUUGUAA